AUGGCUCUUAAUAUCGACCCACCAACAGGACAAUAUCCCGCUGCUGGUGGAAAAAGCAGCCAUAAAAUUAUAAAUACAACAGAAAGCCGUCAUGCUUUUAAAGUUAAAACAUCAAAUAAUGAAUGUUAUAGAGUAAAACCAGUAUAUGGUUUUGUUGAAGGUAAAGCUCAAUGUGAUUUUGAUGUUGUUAGACUUAGUGGUCCACCAAAAGAGGAUAAAAUUGUUGUACAAUGGGCUGAAGUUCCUGCAGAAGAAACAGAUCCACAGUCACCAUUUAAAGCUGGAGCACAGGCUGGUGAAGUUAUUUUACCACUUAAGGCUGAAUAA